AUGGCAGGUAUGAUUAAGAAAAUACAAAAACUCAAAGAAAGCCAAGAUCCAUCUGCCUUUGAAGAUAUUGAUAAAGAUUCAAGUCUAGAGUAUGAAAGUGAGGAUAACAAAUCUAAUGCUGAAGAUUAGAUUGCAUUAAUUUUAGGGUCGCGGAGGAUCAUUUCAGCCUCUAUUCGUCCUUAACUGGUCCUGGACUAAUGUUCCCUAAGGCACCGACGGGUCAUAUAUAAUGUCCUUUUCAUGCUGAAGUCACCUUUCUUUCUAGGAGUCCCGACCUUGCUUGAAUCUUGCCUUUACGGCUAAGGACUCUCUAAAUCCCUGGUGGUGCACAGGGUUUAAGUUUACGCCAAAAUAUCCUUCUUGACCAAUCCUUGUGCAAGCAAAUAUUGCUUCCCAGAAAUAUGAGCUGGCACUGUGCCUUUAGUUCUUGCCUAGGGCCGAGAAGAAAAGCCUAUCAUGGGUCUUAACCAGAAAAAUCCUCCUGAGCCUCCUAAACCGAUAGGAUCCACUUACCUGGGGCUAUUAUCAACUCACCGGACACAUUGGACUUUGUACCCGUCAUCUUGUAAAAAGUUAAUAGUGAAGAAGAAAACGAAGAAGAAGAGUUAGUCGAAGAAAUGAACCAAGCCUCAUUAAAAUCAUUUCAAAAUCAAAAAAUUGAGUUGUCAAAAUCCAGUAUAAACCCUUUAGAAUCUGGAGAAAUUCCUGACUAUAUAGCAGCAAAUGUUGAAGCUCGCUCAUCUCUUGCCAAUCUGCAAUUUAAGCUUGACCCUCUCAGAGCAAAAGAUGACUCAAUCCAUAGCACAAGUUACAAUGAAUUAGGCUUUGAAAAGGAAUUUGAUUAUUGAAAAGAAACUUUAUUGCAAGGGUUUAAUUUAUCCUGUUUUAGUUAAGCUAGAAAUAUACAUGAUAAUUAAAAUUAUAGUAAAAAUGGCCAUGAAUAUAGGAUACUUUUAUAUGGACCUGGAUCAAAACUUGAAGUGUUAGAAACAUUUUAUGAGUAUUUAGAAAAUGAUGACCCUCCAAGGAUGAUUAUUAAAGCUUAUCACCCAUUAAUGACAAUUAGAAAAGUUUUAGAAGGAAUUUGGGAGAAUUUAGGAAAAGACCCUCCUAUGAGUGGAAAACCAGAAACUCUUGUAACUAAAACCUUGAACUUAUUGACAGAAAUUUCUAAGGUUAGCCCAUUUCAUUUUUUUAUAAUAAUACACAAUAUUGAAGGGCAAAAUUUUACUUUAACAGAAACACAGGACAUUUUAAGCUUAGACUUAUAACUUACCUCGAGUUAGGCCUUAAGCGUGCAGGGCAAAGACAGCCUUUUUCCUCGGCUUGAUCACUUCCUUUGAUAGUACGGCAUGUUCACAAAGUUCGCUCUUUCUAACUUCCAUGAAGCCAUUUGAAAGCCCAGAAGUGCCGAGACCACUUGAGGCUUGGCGCAUUGACUCAAUCUAUUGGAAUUUCCUAGAGCGUCUGCUUGAUCUAAGGGCUCCGCCUUUAUCGGGCAGUGAAAAGAGGUAAAACACGAUGCUUCUAGGAUGCGAAGUAAGAAAACUGUCCCCAUUUCUUCCCUAGCAGACAGAAAUGCAAGAGUAAAAACCUAAUAAUAAAAGUUGGGUGAGGGAUGAAAUUCACGGAGUGAAUUCCUCAUCUGAAGCCAUUUAUUAUGGUCAAGACAUUUUAAGCAGAAUUGCUAAUCAUCCUGCAGUCCAUUUAGUGGCGUCUCUCGACAAUCCAUAUUUAUUAUUCAGAUGGUCAAUUGAUACAAAUAUUCGAUAUAAUUUCAUUUAUAUCAUUUUUAUAAAUUUUCUCUUCAUAUAAUUUUGCAAAUUUUUAUAUUUUUAUUUAAAAAAUAAUUUAUUAUUAUAAAUUUGUUUUAUUAUUUAUACAAUAAAGUUUAUAUCCCUGCCACUACUUUUUAUCCAUAUACAGAAGAGCUUUCAGUUGUGGAAAAUUUGCCAAUUUUUCACAAAUCAACUACUUUUGCUCAAAUUAGAGGAACAAAAUACGUUCUUCAAAGUAUGACGCGAAUCCAAAGAGAUAUUCUGCUGCAGCUGGCUAAUAUUCAUGUAACGCAGCCUAAAGGGAUACUUUUUAGUGAAUUCUAUAAGAUCUGUGAAGACGAGAUAUUGGUGACUAACCAAAAGCAACUGAAGGAUUUUUUAAUAGAAGCAAGAGACCAUCAAAUGAUUGUUUAUAAAAACAGUCAGAGUGGAGAAAGUAUGAUAGUGAUGAAGACUGAUCCAAAUAUUUUAAUUGAGUUAAUUAAUGAAGAUAGCUAG